AUGGGUUCUAAAAGUGCAGAGAAACCUCAUGCCCUGUGCAUUCCAUAUCCAGCACAAGGCCACAUUAACCCCAUGAUGCACCUUGCUAAGCUUCUCCAUGCUAGAGGCUUUUACAUAACUUUUGUCAACACUGAAUUUAACCAUGAGCGUGUUACUAGUUCAGGAGGAGCCAUCGAAUUGAAGCAUUUAGAGGAUUUUAACUUGGAAUCGAUCCCUGAUGGCUUGCCACCCGACGAUUGCCGGACCCAAGAAAGCCUUUUCGAUGCAACAACGAAGUAUUUCUUGAGUCCUUUCAAGGAUCUGGAAUUGGGCAUUGGUAUGGAGAUAAACAAUGAUGUUAAGAAGGAGGAUGUGGAAGAAUUGGUGAGGGAAUUGAUGGGAGGAGAGAAGGGUAAAGAGAUGCAGUUAAACGGCAAGAAAUUGAAGGAGAGCUCAAAAAGUGCUCUUCAAUUUGAAGUUAGCUCUUAUAACAACUUAGAGAGAAGCUUUUAUAAGAAUUCAUCCUCCUGUAAAUUGCAUGGAAGUGUGAGAUUUGUUUGUGCUUGUAUCGAUGAAAAUUUCUUGACUAACGGCGAUCUCGAAACAGUUGUGGAUUGGAUACCUGGCAUGGCGAAUAUCCGUCUAAGAGAUGUACCUUUCUUCAUUAGGACAACGAAUCUUAAUGAUCUCAUGUUUCAAUUUUGCACCGUUUAAUGCCGUGAUGCUCUCAAGGCUUCAGCUCUCAUUCUCAACACAUUCGAAGAUUUAGAGAAACCUGUUCUCGAUGCCAUGAGAGAAAGAAUCCUUUGCCCUGUUGUAAGCUUUAGCCAAAGUGAAACCAAUGACCACUUAAAGUCAGUUUCUAUGAGCCUUUGGAAAGAAGAAGAUGCUUUUCUAGAAUGGCUCGAUGACAAGGAACCUAAGUAGGUUCUUUAUGUGAAUUUUGGGAGUGCGGCAUUUUUAACACCCUAUCAACUCAAUGAGUUUGCUUGGGGUCUUGCCAUUAGCCAAAGGCCUUUCAUAUGCUUCAUUCGCGAGGAUCUUGUAGUUGGCGAAUCCGUAAUAUUAGAAAAAAAUUUUGUCGAAGCAACCAAAGAAAGAGGGCUAAUCUUGAGUUGGUGUAACCAGAUGAAAGUACUGUCACACCAUGCAAUUGGUGGCUUCCUAACUCACAGUGGGUGGAAUUCUACACUUAAGAGUAUUUGCAAUGGCAUGCCCAUGAUAUGUUGCCCCUUCUUUUACGAUCAACAAACAAAUUGCAGGUACGUUUGCAAGGAAUGGGGCAUUGGGAUGGAGAUAAACAAUGAUGUUAGGAGGGAGGAUGUGGAAGCAUCGGUGAGAGAAUUGAUGGACGGAGAGAAGGGUAAAGAGAUGCAGUUAAAGGCCAAGAAGUGGAAGGAGAGCUCAAAAAGUGCUCUUAAAUUUGGAGGUAGCUCUUAUAAUAACUUAGAGAGGCUAAUAAAAGGAAGUGCUUCUACAGAAACACUAAUCAAAUCUAAAUGUUUUCACAAAUUUUACUGGAAUGAUUUUAGAAGCUUGUAUGAAAACUCUAUCCUCCUGUAA